AUGGGGACUAAGAGGAAAAGUGGUGCUAGUCAUGGUGCAAGUGCGCAAUCUAAGAAAAUUAAGCAAGGACAACAUUCUCCAGAAGCAAGAAAAAGUUUUUAUCAAUCGACUUUGACGCUUUUGUUGAACUUGAAAGAAGGAGAAGAACAAAUAGCAGGAGCAUUUAUCAAAUUGCCUUCAAAAAAAUUUUAUCCUGAUUACUAUCAUGUUAUCAAAAAUCCAAUCUCAAUAAAUGAAAUACAGAAGAAGAUUACUACAAAGUAUACUGGAAGCUCUAGUACCGAGUUCUUGGAUGAUUUUGAGUUGCUAUUGGAUAAUGCUUCAACUUAUAACGAUUCUGAUUCUUGGAUAGUCGUCAAUGCUAAAAAAUUGGUUGAUUUUGUUAAAGACCAAGUUUCUCAAUUUGAAAACGCUGCUCCUGCUAAAGCUGCUCCUGCUAAAGCUUCUCCUGCUAAAGCUUCUCCUGCUGCUGAUCUGCAGCUACUGGAACAGCACAGGCCAACAAAAAUCAAAUUCAAAUUGAAACAGCCUGCUGCUCCUGAUCCCCCAAAUGUAGUUGUUGAUACAAAGAAAAUGGAAAUCACAAACUCAACACUUUCACACUUUUGUCAGGAACUAUUAGAUGAUGUAAUAAAUCACUCAUUUAAAAGCAUUGGCGUGAUUAGUGGGCCGUUCUUGGAUGAAGUGGAUCAAACCAUAUACACAGAAUACUCGAAAUUCGUGAAAAAGCCAAUGGCAUUUAGAACUGUUGCCGACUUGAUCAAAACAAGGAAAAUUUUCAAUCCUAAAAACUCCUUGACUCAAAAUUUGCAAGCAUUUCACGAUACCGUCGUGCUAAUAUUUUCAAAUGCUCGAGCUUAUAACAGUGAAGAUUCUCAAAUAUACCAAGAUGCCGUGCUCUUGGAAAAGUAUUUUGAAGAGCAGUAUGCCCAGUUAAAAUCAAAAGCUGUAGCAGAGGAGAAGAAACAUCCCAAAUUGAAGCUCAAUUUGAACAGAAUAUCAGCUGAGAAGAGGAACAAAAAGGUGAAGGAGGAAACAAACGAAAAGGAUGUUAACAUUGAACAACAACAACAACAACAACCACCACCACCAAAAGAGCAACAAACUGCAAAGGAGAAGGACCAAUCGGAAUCGGAAUCGGAAUCAAUAGCUGAGGCGGCAACUGUAAAAAUCGAAUCCGAAAAUGAUCCAGCUGAGUAUUCUAAACAAGACGGAGAAACCAUCAUCACUACGGAUAAAACUACAGAAAACACGAUGGGUAAAUCAUUCCCAACUCUUUUGAAGAGCAACUCCAUUAUUCAAGAAACUUCAGUAUUUUCAUCCCCAGCACUUGUUCCUCAUAUCACCAAGUUUGUCAAUCAAAAGAUAGAGUCAUCGUUGACUUCAUCUUUCAUUCUGCGUGAAAUGCAAAUUGGACAAGCUUUGUUUCCUACUCAUUCACGCCGGUCAUUGGCAACUUUGUUUUCCUACAAAAUACCAGCAAAUGGAUACGUUGAUCAAUCAUAUGUCAUUUCACUACCUAGCGAUGUACUGCCAUUCAUUUCAUUCAAAGUCUCAUUGCACCACCUCUUAUAUCUCACAAAAAAGCCAGAACUUGUUGAUGGUCAUGGAUUUCUAAGUCUGACUUCUGAUGAGGAGUUUCAAUGUAAGUUGCUAGUCAAUGACGAGGAAGUGUUGCAAUCCAAUGGUUGUUUUGAAGAGAAAGGCGAGAAAGGCGAAAAAGGUGACAAAGGAAGUACUCUUAGUGUUCAAUAUGAUAUUAAAUUGAACCACGAUUUAAACAUAUUGAAUUUUGAGUGUACAGUGGCGCCAUCAUUGAGCAAGAAGAUAAAAAACACCAUUUUGCAGGAACAAGCUGACGAUUUGUCUGGGUGUAGCAGACAUACAAGACAUCAGUUGCAACAAAUGAAAAUGACUUGGGAUGUGGAAACGAUAAAUCUCUAUAUAAUCUGUAAUUCCAAUUAA